GUUAAUUAAGCUCAAGUAGUGAAAUUAAAUGUACACUACACGAUACUCGGUAACAAAACAAAGAAAAACACUUGAAAAUAAUAUUGCAACAUUUUGAAUGAUUAAUCCGGAGACAGAAGCGGAUUUCCUUAGCAAUGGUAAUCACUCUCAUACAUAAGUGUUCAUAUUUGUUUUUAAUUUUUAUAAAGCAAUUCCGUUUAUAUAAUGAUAUCAUAAAAUUAUUACUGGUCGCUCGGCCCGAUGUCCUUUUAUUGCUUAUAAAUUUUUCAGAAAUCUUCAACAUUUUUUUGGAUGAUUCAAGUAAGAAAUCCGUAUGUUAUGUGUGUUUGAAUGACAUUAAAUAAUAAGUAAUAGCAUUAACUGUGGUGGCAACAGUGUUUAAAAUAGAAUGCUGAAUGAAAAUGAAAUUGAGUUACUAAAUUUAGGCUAUGCCUACACAACAAGAAAUAAAAAAUAAAAAUUGUUCUAUUUGGGGGUAGCGGCCCCUUUUUCUUAAUAAGAUCGUUACAUAGUUUUGCAGACUGUGAUUGCAGUUUGUCAUCCUCUGCUGCGAUCAUUCGCUUACAACAAUGAGGUACUACAUUUUUACCAUGAAGAUUACUAUGGUGCGACUAAAUAUUAUAUGGUACAAAGUUCUCUUUAAUUUGACAGUAAAGUUGAUCAUCCUCCGAUAUUAUAAGUAAUUAAAGUUUUGAAAAGUUUUCUUUGUGCACUCUGGGCUUGGGGCCCUUGUUUUUCUUAAUUUGCUAGUUUUAUUUCCCCCAGGUGGUGACAACCGAAAAAAGUUAUUUUGCGUUGUAUUUUUAUAUAGAAAUAUUGGCAGGUCGCUUACUCCAUCAUUGAGGUAGUAUGGCGCGCUUAGCGUUACGGAUGUUUUCAUUUUACAGAAACUAUAAAAUAUCGUCAGCUGAGUCGGAACUUCGAAAUUGAAAAAAAGUGGAAUAUAACUUCGCGAUAUAAUUUCCGUCCAAUAGGUAAUUUAACUCAUUGAAAACAAUAAGCAGCUAAAAGCUUUGCCAUAAAAUACACAUAUAACAGUACCAUUUUUGGUUCCUUCGAUCCAAAAAUGGUACUGUGUUUAGUUUUAAGUGUUUUUCAAUGUACAGUGUAUUACUGUAGCCGCAAACUUAACCGCGCUGCGAGUAUUCGCCUGCCAUUGCCGCGUCUGCAACCUGGGAUCUGCUCAGACUGUCGGCGACCUUACUGCACGUGUUGUAAGUCUUCGCCGGAGUUUGUUCUAUGUUACCAGUUGCUGAUGGUGCAAAUUGCGGCUGUUGGAUGUUUCUACACAGGAACGAUCGUAUUUGUUGCAUUCGUCAUUGCACACUGCCUUACUACUCCUUGUCGCCUGCGCCUGUUGCGGCACUCUUUCGAUUUAGGUACCGUAGUUUCUCCAGAGGUAAGCAGCCACUGACUCGUAAGAUGCAAUAACUGUUAUUUCUAGUUUCUGUCACCACUUCACUGAAGUAUACUGUAAAAUAACUGAUACUAAUUUUUAUUUAUUUGAUAAAUUAAAUUGUCUUCAGAUAUACAUAGUAGAAAGCUAUUGCAAGCUUUUUUAGUAAAUUUAUUUUAUUAAUCUCAAAAGCUUUUACGUUUGCACGAAGGUCUUAAUUCAGAUUUAAAUAAUACUCGUAUGCAUCGAAUACUGAUCUACUCUAAAUGGUAGCAUGAUAUAUUUGAUCUGUGUGUGUGGUAAUUAAAUGCCAUAUAGAAAAUGUAGCCAGUCGGAUUACUGGAUGCACGUUAAACUGUCGUUCAAACUUACAGGUUUGCACUACUAUUGUAACAUUGUGUAUUAAAUGUCUACCUUUGUUAUAUUAAAUUGCAUGAUAGUUGCAAUUCCGUGGUGGCGUGGUGAAAUUUAUUAAAGUCGAGUAAAUUGAAUACUUAAUAUUAUAUUAUAUCUUAUUGUUUUUGUGAACUUAGACCUACAUGGUCAUGCAUUAAAAUCCUUAAAAUAUUCCGGAACGUUUAAGAAUUUACAAAUUUAGUAGUAACAGUGUAUUAAAAGUAAUAAACAAUUAAAUGUAAUACAUUUUAUUUCAGUAUAUUAUGUUAUAAAAAUUUGAAAUAAAAUAGAAACACUAAGCUGAUGCAUCAAAAGGUAGAAAUAGAUUGGCUAACAUUUGUAUUUAACGUAUUUAUAUAACAAACUUUUUAAAUCCUUUCUGCUUUAUGAUAAUUAUUACUGGGCUCUAGGCCCUUUGUCUUUUUAUACUCCAUUAUUUUUUCAGAGAUCUUCAGUUUUUGAAUUAGAAUUAUAGGAUUACUACACACAACAGUUGGAAAUGUUGAUAUCUAGAAGAUCCUGAGUUGUAGUGGCGGUGGUAUGUGGUAUGCUGCUUAAAACCAAAACUAAAGUUCUUGAAUUUUAUCUAUUUGAAAAUAUUAUCUCUACUUCAUUUAUAUAGGGCGAUAGGCCCGUUUCUCUUAAGCAAAUAUUUAAUUUUGCAGCGGAAGUGUCUUCUAAGUUUCAUUACCCUGAUACAGCCAUCCCGUUAGAAAAAUAUGGUGGCAUCUCCCGACAACAUGUGACGGCUGGUACUGCUAGAUAUUAUAACACAAGUUAAUUCAAUUCGUUAUAUUUAUUUCUUGUUCAAGUAAAUUUACAUCAUCUUUACGUAGAUACAUUUAAUAAACUGGAGUGACGACCUGGUAAGACAUGCAGGAAGUCGAUGGAUGCAGGUGGCUCAGGACCGUGUUUUGUGGCAUUCUUUGGGGGAGGCCUAUGUUCAGCAGUGGACUUGUGAAGGGCUGUAAUGAUGAUGAUGAUGAUUUAAUAAAUUGCUUUAUUCCUGGGCUUCACGUCCCUGUUAUUCAUAAUCUGGUAGUUUAACUUUCUACAGGUGGCGACAAUCACUGAUUUUGAUCCUUUUACUCACGUUGUGUUCGUACUAUAGAGAUACUGGCAAGUUUCUUUUACAACUUAACUUAAAACAUACGACAAAAUUAUUUUGCCACAAAAUAAAUGAAAGCAACAUUAGUUGGUUCAAUAGGACCAAAUUUGUUUAGUUGUAAGUGUUCUUCACUUCACAGUUCAUCCAUUAAAUUUGACAUCAAUAAAUGCGCGAGGUUGCAAGUUUUCACCACUGCCAUCGUAGCUUCUUUGCCGGCCAGAUCCGAUCCUGGUGUUGAUUUUUCUGCACGUAUUUGUAAGUCUGGACGCAAAUAUGCUACACUUAAAAAUAAUUUCAAAAACGAAACUGAUUGUUUUGUCAUAAAAUAAAUAAAAGUAACAUUAUGUGGUUCAAUAGGACCAAAAAUGUUUAGAUGUAAGUGUUCUUCAGUGUACAGAACAUAAAAUAUUUUGCUGACAUCAGUAUGUGCGCGGCGCGGCAGAGUUUCUACCUCUGCCAUUGACAUCUUUUUGCAUCCGUACAGAUCCGGUGCAGUAGUUGGCGAUUUUUUGCAAGUGUCGUUAGUCUGGUCCACUAUUGCUUCACUUAAAAAUAAUUUUAAAACAAAACUAAUUAUUUUGCUAUAAAAUAAGUAAAAUCGACAAAAUGUUUAGUUGUAAGUGUUCUUUAGUGUACAGUACAUCAACUAUUUUGUCGUCUCCAAUAACUUUUUCCACUUCUGCCAUUGUUGCUUCUUUGCAUCCGACCGGAUCACAUCUAGGUGUCGGUGACUUUUCUGCACGUAGCGUAAGUCUACUCCUAAAGUUGCUCCACUUAAAAAUUUAUAAACAAGACUGAAUAAUUUAUCCAAAAAAUACUUAUAAUUAACUAUACGCUGGUUCUACAGAACCAAAAUGUUUAGUUGUAAGUGUUCUUUAGAAUACAGUACAUCAACUAUUUCGCUGACAUCAAUACUGCAUGGGACUGCAAGUAUCAUCUCUGCCAUUGUAACUCCUUUGCAUCAAACGACAAGAUCGGAUCCAGAUGUUGGCGACUUUUCUGCACGUGUCAUUCAACUAUCCAAACGGCGAUAUCUUCACCGCCUCAUGUAUCAGAUCGUUCUUCGUAUGAAAACCCUAAACAGUAAAGAGUAGAUGCAACCAAACAAAAGUGAUUCUUACAUCAAAAUAUGAAUGAACUCAAACAAAUACAAUGUCGACGAUAUCCACCUAAAAAAAAUAUGUUUAAUUCCGCCCAUCCUUACCAUGCAUUUGAUACUGAAGAAGAUUACUUUUUCUAAAAUAAUGUACUUAUUUGUAAAUAACUAUUUGUAAUUAGUUUUUAGAAAAUAAAAUUCUCG